UAGGAGAAAGAAUGCCUCUUUGCCCUGCAUUUCUCAUUUCGGACAAAUGGCAAUUUGGACUACUUCCAUUAUUUUCUGUUAGUGCUGGUUCAAUUCCAUCAUCUGAUGAAAACGAAGCUUCAGCCAUAUCCGAAAGUACCCCCAAACGAUGUCCCGGAUGCUUGGGCAGAGACUCUAUUGCGAAUGCAGGUGCUAGGGUGGGACCUGCUGUUGUCAACAUAUCCAUUCAUCAGGGUAUGUUUGGAAUUGGUGGUGGGAAGGGUAUAGGUUCUGGAACUAUUAUUGACAAGGAUGGUACCAUUUUAACUUGUGCUCAUGCUGUGGUCGAUUUUCACGGAGUGCGAGCUGCAUCAAAAGGAAAGGUUGAUAUUACUUUGCAAGAUGGCAGGACAUUUGAGGGUACAGUGGUGAAUGCCGAUGUACAUUCUGAUAUUGCUAUUGUAAAGAUCAAUUCCAAAAGCCCACUCCCAACUGCAAAACUUGGCUCUUCAAGUAAGCUUCAACCUGGAGAUUGGGUGAUGGCCAUGGGCUGUCCACUCUCACUUCAGAAUACUGUAACUGCGGGUAUAGUAAGUUGUGUUGACCGUAAGAGUAGUGAUUUGGGUCUAGGCGGAAUGAGGAGAGAGUACUUACAGACAGAUUGCGCGAUAAAUCCGGGAAAUUCUGGGGGGCCCUUAGUCAAUAUUGAUGGAGAAGUCGUUGGUGUUAAUAUCAUGAAAGUGUAUGCUGCUGAUGGACUGAGUUUUGCUGUACCAAUUGACUCGGUCACCAAAAUUAUAGAGCACUUCAAGAAAAGAGG